GUUUCAAUGUGUGUCCAUCCUUAUCAAAGUGGCGUGCAAAGUGCAGUUAUAUGAUUUUUUCGAAAUUGUCGGUGCAGUCGCGAUAUGCCUCCAAGUUUCUCUUCGAUUUUGGAUGAAUGUACAGAUCGGCUCAUGAGGGGAGCCAAAGAAAAAGAUGGAAAGUAUAAAUAUGCUGAAGGAGAUUUCAACGAUAAGAGUCGCCUUCAACCGGUGAAGCUCCAACCGUCUUGGGAAGAGAAUAACUUGCCAGAGGACGAGUUGAACUUCAGGAGCUUAACUAUGGAUGAAGCGAGCUUAGCUCUCAAUCAGCCGCCCGAUAAAUUUAAACUUGUAUAUUUGACAUUUCUGAUACAUGGUAUUGGAGUCUUGAUGCCUUGGAACAUGUUCAUCACUGCCAUGGACUAUUUUAUAGGUUAUAAGUUAUCAGAAGGUUAUAUAGGAUUCACGUUCCCUUAUAUACCAAAUUUUAUGCAGUAUUUAACAUUCUGCUCACAAAUUCCUAAUGUUGCGUUUAACUGGAUGAAUAUUUUUGUACAAAUCGGAGGUAGCAUGACGACGAGAGUAGUUUGGAGUAUAAUUGCAGGUGUUGUGUUAUUUAUUGUGACAGUUGCUUUAGCCAUGAUUGACACAAGUGGCUUUGCCUACGGGUUUUUCUGGAUAACCAUGAUUACAGUUGUUCUUAUGAAUAUGGCAAACGGAAUCUACCAAAAUACGAUAUACGGUAUGGCCGCUAAACUACCUCCGCAAUACACAGGAGCCGUUGUGCUCGGAAAUAACAUAAGCGGCACCUUCGCAGCAAUUGUAAGCUUGGUCUCCAGCAUGACUACGGACAACAUCAGAAUGGCCGCCAUUUAUUACUUUAUUACGGCCCUGUUCGUGUUGCUUAUAUGCUUUGACACCUACUUUGCCUUACCUCUCAAUAGAUUUUACAGGCACUUCGAACUGAAGGAUAAAACGCAGCAACAAAAAGCGUCAAAGUCUGGAAUCAAAGAAAAGCCACCCUAUUGGGAAAUUUUUAAGAAAUCAUUUCCUCAAUUGGCCAAUGUAUUUAUGGUGUUUUUCGUUACUUUGGCCGUCUUUCCAGCUGUGUAUGCUGAUGUGAAACCUGUAUCUAAAGAUUUUCCUAUUCAAAAGUAUUUCGCAUCAGUUACGUGUUUUAUUACAUUCAACAUUAUGGCUAUGCUGGGCAGUUUACUACCAAGUCUUGUUAUAUGGCCGGCGCCCAAAUGGUUAUGGAUUCCUGUAGUAUUGCGGUUCGCAUAUAUACCAUUCUUCUUGUUAUGCAACUACCAAGUGGUUGGUGUAGAGCGUGUAAUGCCAGUGCUAAUCAAGAAUGAUUGGGCUUAUUGGGUAAUUUCCAGCACAAUGGGAUUCACCAGCGGAUAUUGGAGUUCGUUGGCGAUGAUGUACACACCAAGGCAAGUGGAAGACCGCCACGCCCCGAUGGCAGGCAUGUUCGCAGCGGCCGCCUUGAUCACGGGCAUAUUCACUGGCAUCCUGAUCACGUUCUUGUGGCCAUGGGUCAUCGGCCACGUGGGCUAGCACAAAUGCGUGGUGUAUGACCCCGACGCCACUGGUGGCCCGCCAGGCGAGUUCGUCAUACGUUUCAGUCUGUGAGACGUACGUCACUGGUACCGCUAGAUGUCGCGGAUGGUCAUAUACCCUUGUUGGAUACUGAAGAUGGGAGGGGUCGAUGUUUUUAUAUGCAAUCAUAGAUCUUCCACGAGAAGCAGAUAAAGUCAGAUUCACUUUGGAUUUAUAUAUUUUUAGUCCGAGAUUUGUAUUUCUGUGUCCAGGAAAUGAGGUGUGUGUGAGAAAAUUUGUAGGAGUAUGUUGGAGCGACCAGUUAGUAGUAGUGAUCACUUGUGUUUUUGGUCAGUAGGCAACUUGACCUACAGGAUAGGGUUAUUUCGGGAUUGGACAGUUGAUGGCGAGUAAAGCAAAGACACAUUUCAUUUUGAACGAAAGAGAUAUAAGCGAUAUAGUGUUUGAAAAAGGGCGGAAUAUAUCCCACUUUUGACCCUGAAAAACAUUAAAAAAUACGAAAUUUUUGAUGUAAACAAAUAUUUGACACAAAUUUGUGACAGGCAACAUCCAGAUUUGCUAAAAGAGUCCUUUUUUGAAUAAAAUCUUGCAAAAAAUCCGAAUCAGAAUUGUUUCCCAUCAGAUGCGAAGAUAUUGACCGGACUAUUUUCAUAUUUUUAAAUAUGAACAUAUUUGUUUGGAGAUAUUUAGGAACAAUAGCAACAUCAAAAUUCUCGUUUCUUCAUAUUGUUUUUCUGGGUCGAAAUACUGUAGCGCUCAUAUGUCGAAAACUAUCAACUUUAGAUAAAGUUCUAAAUUACCUGUUUUGUUCAGAAUGUCCCAAAAACUUAAACACGCGUUGUCAGAGAGAAACAAACUAUUUUUCGGAUUUGAUUAAAAGAUAUUCUUAAACAAAUAUUUAACACAAAUUUGUGGCAGGCAACAUCCAGAUUUGUUGAAACAGUCUGUUUUUGAAUAAAACCUUUCAAAGAAUCCGAAUCAGAAUUUAUUUCUCAGGAGAUGUGAAGAUAUUAACCGGACUAUUUUUAUAUUUUUGAAUACGAACAUAUUUGUUUGGAGAUAUUUAGGAACAAUGGCGAUUAUUAAAAUUCUCGUUUCUUCAUAUUGUUUUUCGGGGUCGAAAUACAGUAGCGCUUUUAUCUCGAAAACUUUAGAUGAAAGUUCUAAAUUACCUUUUUUGUUCAGAAUGUCCCAAAAACCUAAACACACGUUGCCAGAGAGAAAAGAUAUUCUCAAACAAAUAUUUGACACAAAUUUGCGGCAGGCAACAUCCAGAUUUGUUAAAAGCGUCCUUUUUUGAGUAAAACCUUGCAAAAAAUCCGAAUCAGAAUUUUUUCCCAUCAGAUUUCAAGAUAUUAGCCGGACUAUCUUUAUAUUUUUAAAUACAAACAUAUUUGUUUGAAGAUAUUUAGGAACUAUGGCAAUAUCAAAAUUCUCGUUUCUUCAUAUUGUUUUUCGAUGUCGAAAUACUUGUAUCUCGAAAACUAUCAACUUUAAGUUCUAAAUUACCUGUUCUGUUCAGAAUGUCCCAAAAACCUAAACACGCGUUACCAGAGAGGAAAACUAUUUUUUGGGAUUUGAUUAAAAGAUAUUCUUAAACAAAUAUUUGACAAAUUUGUGGCAGGCAACAUCCAGAUUUGUUAAAAGAGUUCUUUUUUGGAUAAAUCCAAAUCAGAAUUUUUUUCCAUCAGAUGCUGAGAUAUUGCCCUUGACUAUUUUUAUAUUUUUAAAUACGAACGUAUUUGCCCAGUAGAUUUUUUUAUUGUUGUACAGACCUAUCAAGAGCCACAAUGUAUCAACCAAUUAAUAGUAGCUUGGAUUAUUUAUUUUACUCGGCUUUUGCUGUCCAAAAAGAAAGCUCUAUUUCUAGUACAUUGACAUGCAUCGUGCAUGCAAAAUCUCGGUUUUAUUAUAAUUCGUAUGACGCAAUACUCUGGACGAAUUCUCUAUUACGCAGAACUAGAUCUCACCUCAGAUAUCAUAUUUGAACCACGAUACAUUAAAUAGUUUCUAAAAUGUUGAUGAAAAAAUAUCUUGAUCUUGGUCCCCAUUUUUUGCCUGGAGGAUCAAUAGGUUUCUUUGAUUGGUUUUCUAUAGAUAAAACCAUGUUGUAUAGACAAAAACAAACGAAGAAACCGGUUGAUCCUUCAUGUAUAUAAAACCAAUACAGAGAGGCCUAUUGGUCCAACUGACAGACUACCAUUUAAAGGGCAUAUAAAAAAAGUAUUAACUUCAAAACAAGUCAAAAUAACCACAGCCUGGCAAAGACAAAAAAAUAGUCUGGAAAACAAAGCUUUUACAAAAAAAAAUCUCAUUGAGCACUGACUUUGGCGGUUAUUAAAGGAAUUUUAUUUUAUGAUCAAACCUAUUUUUUACUAAAUUUUGCGCCAUUCUGAAGUACUUGUUUAUCUUUAUGUGGGCACUAUUACUAAUGGGAAAUAUGUCACCUCAAAACUACCUAUAAACUAUAUCGAGAGUGAAUCUACUGAAUAGAUCAUGUAAUGAUUUUUCUUUUAUCAUGGAACCCCUUCAUUUUAUGCAUACCAUGACCGACUGAAUUAAAAUAUUCGUUUUUCUAGUUUUAGUAUUUCUGAGUACUGUGGAUGUAGAAAAUUUUGUUUCAGAACUUGAACAUGAAUACUAAUACAAUAAUGCUUUGGAAAAUCUGAUAAAAUCUCGAACAUUAAUGAUUAAAAAAAUGGCGUAUGAGUCAAUAAUUUCCUACAUCAUAGUACUCUGUGUUUUUAUUCUAGUUUAAUAACCAAUAAUAGAUACUGUUUUAUAUGAUCGAAUUAAUAAAUUGUUUUUAUAUUUUGUGUUUGUACCAAAAACGUCUGUUAUUCAGUCGAUUGUUAUAGUUCUUAUUUCAUGAUUAUACUCUUAUAAACAAAUAAAUAUAAUGGAAUUUCAACAACUUGGGAGCAUUUAAAACUUGAAACUUAGUAAGUAAAACUUUUAUCAGGGUCAUAGUUAUACAGAACAUCUCAUAACAUUAAUCCCACUUAUACGAGGCAUGUUUUUAAAGUAAGUACCGUUUUGACCUAAAAAAACAACAAGUAAAUUUUGUCCAAAAAUGAUUUAUUCACUUGAAAGGCCAUACUUUCCUCUACUUUUCUACGUAAUUCCCAUUACGAUUGAGGCAUUUAUCGUAUCUUGGGACCAGCUUUUGUAUGCCAUCGUCAAAGAAGCUUGCCGCCUGAGUAAACAACCACUGCUGUACAUUUUUGGCACUCAGCGUGAACACAAUUUCCGAUAAUUUAAACGUUCGGACACAAUUCGUAAAGAACGCUUCUUGAGACAGCAGGAAACUGUUCAGCUAAGGACGAAAUCCUGAAUCGUCUGUUCUUUCUCACUUUACAGUCCACUUUUUGAAUCAGGUCAUCGGUAAUGACUGAAGGUCUUCCUCAUCUUUAAAGGCCCUAACCCAUUUCCGCACCAUUCCAUCACUCAUAAUGUUUUCACCAUACAUUUCACUGACUUGGUGACGGAUUUCAACUGAUUUGAAGCCUUGUGCACAGGGAAACCGUAUUACAGCACGCACUUCGCAGGCGGCGGGAUUCUCAAUCGGUGGAGGCAUUUUAAAAUCACGCAAACAGGUGUAGACUCGAUCGGAUGGUUCCGUAACGGCGUCUGUCGCUACCCAACAGAUGUAGCUACACGACGCGCGUGCGCUAAACGGCGACCGCAGCGCUGCGGCGGCGUAAUUUAAAAACGGUACUUACUUUAAAAACACGCCUCGUAUCUUUUACGACAUUAUGAGGAAAAAUUAUAAAACAAUAAUGUAAUCAAGUGGCUAUGAAAAUAGUAAGUUGGAAAGUAGCUGACAUUUUGGAAGAGGUAUGUGAAUCUCUGCGUUAUAAGUGCGUUUGGAUGUUAUAUAGAGUGAUUCAGAAAACAAUACGAGAGGGUCAUAUAAAUAUGGGUUCUCAAAUGCCUCCUCAUGAGGUGUUCAUGUUAUAAUUUAGAAAUCGAAAAAAUAUAUCUUCGGUGUUAAAAUUUUGCACAUGUAGUACUAACAGCAUAGUCGUUACAUAAAAAAAUCUAGGGGGAUAGAAAUUUGACCCCUACAGAAAAAUGGUUUGAAUAUUUGAUGAAAAUAACGCUAUAGUCUAAUUUGAGCCAUAUAGAUGGUUUGUCCUUAUUCAGUCUCGUCAGUGGCGUAGAAAUUUACAAGACCCUGUAUUUUAGGAACAAGACAAUUUAGUACAUAUUAUGAUCAUAGGGAAUUUGUUAUUUUUGGAUGUGUGUUCUGUCCUAGAGAGAUUGUCAUUGUUUUUUUUUGGAUCAUCCUAUAUAACUUGCCACUAAACACUAUUCAAUGUAAAUGACAAGACUGAUAAGUGGGAUCGAAGGUUGUGGAAACGACAGAGUGUAAGAAGGUAUUGGAUAAAAUUAAAAUAUAUUUUGUCUCAAAACACCUCUCAAAGUUUCUGGCAAAAUGUUAUGAGCAAUGGUUUUGGGCAUUAUUUGAAAAGGAGUGGCAAAGAAGGUAAACACGUACGUAUGUUUAUCCGAUUUUAAUAAUUUUUGGCAUAUAUGUUCAGUGAAGCUUCAGCUUGAUUCGUCAACUGACCGCAGAAGCUGUCUCAAUAAUGUGUUGAGGAUCCACGAUUUCUUAUACACUCAUUGACUCGUCUGGGCAUCGUGCUGAUAAGGUGGUCGAUAUCCUAUUGGGGUAUUGGGGCAACUGCAACUUCGUGAGUAAGAGCUGCUAAAGUAUGUGGAGGCAGUGGCGUAGCCAGAAACUUCGUUCGGGGGGGCCCGGGAUUUUUUUUUUUAAAACGGUAAGGAAUAGAUGGCUUAAAUCCAUUUUAACACUGCAUAA